GGGGGCACUACUCUUCCAGAAAUUUAAUCCGAUGCUGCGGAAGCGAUCUGUGGGAUCCGGCGAAGAAACGUAUAAGCAUUACCUGAUUUUCACAUUGUCAUUACCAUCAUGUCAAAUGAUAAAACAGAAAUUGAAUUGGAAUGGGUGCGUGUUCGCUCGAGACUGAGCGAUAUGAAGGAAGAGGGUUUGAGAGAAAAGAUGAUACGAAAGACUAAAGCUAAUCCAUUCGUACCUGUUGGAGUGUUGUUAACUACAGCUGCUCUGUCUUAUGGUUUAUGGUGUAUGCGAAGUGGUAAUCGGUACAGGUCUCAGCUUAUGAUGAGAGCGAGAGUUUUAGCCCAAGGUUUUACAAUAGGUGCAAUUCUAGUCGGUCUGGCUAUUGGCAUUUCCAAGAAAGAUGCUGAAAAAUAACUUGUAUAAAAUUACUUUUUAUGUACUUAGCGUUGUUUUUAAAUGCAGCAAAAUGUAAAAUAAUAAAUUUAUAUUUGGACACAUUUGUAAAUAAAAUAUGCAAAUAGUAUCAAUUGUUUUAAUAAAGAAU